CUCUCUCUCUCUCUCCUCUAUUUGUGUUCCACCUACUAUCUUACAGAAAAGUUUCUAAUUUGGACUUAUACUGCUUUUAAGUGGACUGUGUGCUGCUUUUUGCUUGAUCAGUUGCCGCAACCUUUAAUCACUCCCAUGACAAAAAGGACAAUUCCACUAGAACUCUCUAAGCUUUCCAAAUUCAACAGCUUAUUAGUCUCUAAAAGACAGCGAUUGGGUUUUUCCCACCUAAUCCAUUCUUCUUGUUUCACUCAAAAUGCCUCUCAUUACUUCUUUGGUACUAUAUGUGGGUCUGCCUCUGUACCUCUAAACUUACCAUGAGGUUGCUUCAUUAAAGGCCAUGCUUUGGUUCAGGGCGCUCUUGUGCCAGUUUGUUCUCUCUGCCUUGUCUGCUCCUCACUUCUGUGGUUGAAUGAUGAGAGCUGAGAUCUUGAGAAUUGAGCUCCACCUUCUCUGACUCUGCUAAUGAAAUGGGCAUGCAACUGAAUCUGCUGCUUGUGCAAAUGUGUUUGAUUGUUGGUGUCUUGCCAUUCCGCGGAUCUGCAGGAUUCCUGAAGCACCGAAAUAUUUCUCAGUUUAGUCUUUUCAUAAAAGAACAUGCCGUCUCUCCUAAAUCUCCUCUCAGCUUUGGCUGGAAAAUACACAAAAAGUUAGUAGCACUACCUCCCAGAAAAGCAUUCCACCACGUAUUGCCUUCAGACUACUCCCCAGAUAAAGCCACCCAUCCUCAUAGUGCCAUAUGGCCCUCAAGUAUUGCAGCUCCACCUACAUCCUCUGAAGGUCCUGCAAAGAAAUGGGUGCAUGGUCCUAUAUCUUCUCCUUCAAUUUCACAUCACAAGCAUCACCACAAAAGCAAAAAGUUCCACAGCUCUGCUCCAGAACCAACUUACAGUCGACAAGGCCCUGCAGUCUCCCCCAUUCACUCCCCCUUCUCUUCAACAAGUAGCUGGGCUGCAGCUGCACCAUCACCAACAACUCUCACAAGCCACUAUAAUAUGCCUGUUUUUCCACCUACAGUUUCUCCAGUGGGAUCUUCCCUGAAGAAUACGAAGGCCCCACCACCAUCACCAAUUCUGGCACUACCACCUCCACCUCCCAGUGAAGAUUGUUCAUCAAUCACUUGCACAGAGCCAUUAACAUAUACACCUCUUGGCUCAAGCUGCGGUUGUGUGCGGCCAAUUCAAGUUCAACUCCAACUAGGUGUUGCAAUAUACACAUUCUUCCCUUUAGUUUCAGAGCUGGCUGAAGAAAUUGCAGCCAGUGUGGCACUAAACCAUAGCCAAGUUCGAAUUAUGGGAGCAGAUGCGGUCAGUCAGCAGCUAGAAAAAAGCGCUGUCCUCAUUAACUUGGUACCUACAGGAAUAACAUUUGAUGGCACUACUGCAUUCCAAAUCUAUGAAAAGUUCUGGCGCAGACAGGUUUCCAUAAAGCCUUCCCUCUUUGGAGAUUAUGAAGUUUUCUAUGUUCACUAUCCAGGUCUUCCACCUUCUCCCCCUUCAGCAUCCUCAAGCAUUUCUACUACAGAUGACGGGCCAUACACUGGAAAAGACAACAAUGGAAGGGCAAUAAAACCUCUUGGAGUUGAUGUACCAAGGAGAAAAAGAGAUGGGCUCGGAAAAAGUAUGAUUGCUGUGAUUGUUGUAUCAUCUUUCACAGCCUUUCUUUUAUGUGUCGGAGUUGUUUGGCUUUUGUUGCUGAAAUGUGGACCAUGUCACUCACGUCAACUGGAAAAGUUUCCACAAACUUUGACAUCCUCUCCUAGAAAACUCUCAGGGCCUCCGAGGUCGGUGAUGUUCGGAAGCAUGCGUGGUUCUGGAUCAACAUCCUUGAGUUCUGGCACACUGAAUUAUACUGGAUCUGCUAAAACCUUCACUUUGAACGACAUGGAGAGAGCCACUAAUAAUUUUGAUGCUUCAAGAAUACUUGGAGAAGGUGGUUUUGGGCUUGUUUACAGUGGCAUUUUGGAUGAUGGAAGAGAGGUGGCAGUGAAGGUUCUCAAGAGAGAAGAUCAUCAUGGUAGCCGUGAAUUCUUGGCGGAAGUUGAGAUGCUAAGCCGUCUUCACCAUAGAAAUUUGGUUAAAUUGAUUGGUAUCUGUACUGAGGGCCAUACUCGCUGCCUAGUCUAUGAACUUGUUCCAAAUGGGAGUGUUGAAUCCCAUUUACAUGGCAUUGACAAGGAAACUGAUCCGCUUGAUUGGGAUGCCAGAAUAAAGAUUGCCCUGGGUGCAGCUAGGGGCUUAGCUUAUCUCCAUGAAGACUCAAAUCCUCGCGUAAUACAUCGUGAUUUCAAGGCUAGCAAUAUCUUGUUGGAAUAUGAUUGUACACCCAAAGUUUCAGAUUUUGGAUUGGCUAGAGCGGCGUUAGAAGGUGUGUGUUUUAACAUAAACACGCUCUAUCUUGUUUCUUGCUCCAGUUAUUUAGCUCCGGAGUAUGCAAUGACCGGCCAUCUCUUAGUGAAAAGUGACGUUUACAGCUAUGGUGUAGUCCUUCUUGAGCUUCUAUCAGGGAGAAAACCUGUGGACCUGUCACAACCUCCAGGCCAAGAAAACCUUGUUGCUUGGGCUCGCCCGCUCCUCACAAGCAAGGAGGGGCUAGAAAUGAUAAUAGACCCAGCCUUAAAGCCAUCCGAUAUCUCAUGGGAUAGUGUGACCAAGGUAGCAGCAAUUGCUUCAAUGUGUAUACAACCAGAAGUAUCUCACCGGCCUUUCAUGGGCGAGGUUGUGCAGGCCUUAAAGCUAGUAUGCAACGAGUUCAAAGAAACACAAGAAGUAGGAGCUUCAACAAGUUGUGGCCAAGAUGAUCUCUUCAUUCAUAUAGAUAGUGGCAACUUGGAAGUCUCACAAUCACUGCAGGAGCAGGAGCUGCCGGGGUUUGGUGCUGGCCAUGGCACCAAGAUACCAUCAACAUCAGAUCUUUUAAGUGCACCUGUGGGACUUGAGGUUGAGGGGCAGGAGUUUGGGUCUUUUAGGAGGUACUCUAGUUCAGGGCCACUGAGGACGGGGAAGAGGAAGCAGUUUUGGCAGAGACUAAGAAGUCUGUCUAGAGGCAGCAUGAGUGAACGUGGAGUUCCAAUGAAAUUAUGGCUCUGAAGCCACAUAAACUGGUGUUUGUUGUAUCUUCUUUUCAUUUAAAGUGCACCUCCCGAAAGGGUUUGAGGCAUAAAUAGAUUUACCAUUAGUAAUGGAAGGGUGAUAUUCCAAGAAAAAGGGGGCAAAGAAAUAUGAAGAAAGGGUUUAUUUUUA